CGCAGUGGUAACACGAGCGAGAGGGUAGUUGCACGCGCCUGCCUUCGAAAGGAAAGAUCGCGGUAAGGGGGAGAGAGCAAGAGAGAACGCAAGUGAGCGGGCAAGAUAAAGAGAGAAAAAAGGAACGAAAGAGAGAGCGCGGCGCCCCUUGCCUCCGUUUUCAGUGCUUCAGUCGCGCGACGACGCUCUCGGACGCUUUAGUCAGUCGGUCGGUGACGAACCUCCCAAACGUGAUACACGCGCCGUUACGUUACGUUACGUUAGGUCGUUCCGUCGAAGGGGAGAACGAGAGCGAACGAAACGGGGAGAGAAACGCCGAAAGGAGUAGACGAACGAACGAAAUAAUAUUGUAUCGGUAAAAAACAGAUACGCGGAAUAAGAAAAGAAACACGAACAUCGCGAGCGACGAUUUUGACGGCUGCAAGUCGCGCUCUUAAAUAACACGAAUCUCAAACGAACACACAGUUCCAACCAGUGCGAAUAUCGAGAAGGCCACUUUCGUAGUACGGCUUUUGCACGCGGUGAAAGAAAGCGCGCGAGUGAGAGAGACUGAACGACGAGAAAAAGACGUGCUGAUUGUGGACACGAGAUUACGACGAGUAGUAGCCCACACGUUUCCAGUGUACGAAUAAAACUCACGCUGUGCGUUGCUCGUACACACGCGCGACACAGAGGACCCGGACGAAAAAGGAAGAAGACGAACGAAACGAUCACCGGCGAGGCGACGAUUUUAUUUUUGUACGGUGCAUCGUUGUUUUUCCUACGAACAUUAAACGCUUCGUGACCGCGUACGAGAGAAGAGUAGAUCGCCCGAUUUUCUUGGUGUAGCAGCCACUAUAGUCCUCGUCCUAAAUAAUAGUGUGUGUAGUGUGCACGCGCGCGCGCGCUUAUGUUUCGUUGUUUUCCGAUCGUUUCGAGUUAGUCUCUGUCUACGAAGAUCCCGUCACCGAUCAACAUCAUUCGGCCAUUACUUUACAAUAGCAAAGUAUUACAGGAAGAAGGAAAUAGGAAAAGAAAGGGAAGACACGGGCUGUGAAGAAAGAACUGAGACUAUAUCAUAAUCGAAAUAGUGAGAAGUCGGUGAAAAAAUAAACUGUGAUUUAUACUAUCUGUGCGAACGUAUCAACGUACAAUUGACUUCACCGGUGCGACACAACGCGAUUACUUUAGUCGAGCAACAUGCCAACAAGUUUGUUCAGCGAAAUGGAUCGUGGAGCGAAUGGCGGUGGCACCGCUUCUCUGGAGGACCAACGAGCCCUGCAAUUGGCAUUAGAGUUGUCUAUGCUCGGUCUCGAGGGUACUCCUGGAUGCCCGGGCACUGGCACAGGAACCGGCACCGGAACGACCAACGAUCCGGAUCCUCUGCAAACGACACCGGCAGGCGUUUUCGAGGAGGCACGUUCUAAGAAGAGCCAGAACAUGACCGAAUGCGUGCCGGUACCUAGCAGCGAGCACGUGGCAGAGAUCGUCGGCCGACAAGGUUGUAAAAUCAAAGCACUGCGAGCGAAGACCAACACUUACAUCAAGACGCCAGUGCGUGGCGAGGAGCCGGUAUUCGUGGUAACCGGACGCAAGGAGGAUGUGGCCCGUGCAAAGCGCGAGAUCCUGUCAGCCGCGGAGCAUUUCUCUCAGAUCCGCGCGUCGCGCAAGAGCUCGUUGGGCGCGUUGUUGGGCGCACCUCCUGGACCACCAGCGUCCGUACCAGGCCACGUGACGAUUCAGGUACGAGUCCCGUACAGAGUAGUCGGGCUGGUGGUAGGACCGAAAGGCGCGACCAUCAAGAGAAUCCAACAUCAAACGCAUACCUACAUAGUGACGCCCAGUCGUGACAAGGAGCCUGUGUUCGAGGUGACCGGACUACCCGAAAGCGUGGAGGCUGCGAGACGCGAGAUCGAGGCACACAUAGCACUUAGAACCGGCACAGGAACGACCCUCGACGAUUCGGAACUGCUAAGCGUGCUCUGUCGCGGUGGCUUGGGCUCGAUCCUUGGUUGCCUCGAUCCACCAGGCUCGAACGGUUCGAACGGAUCAAGCGGAGCAUUUUCCAGCAGCGGAAGUUGCAGCAGCUCGUCUAGUAGUUCCGGUGCACCUGGACUAAACGAUCUUGUGGCGAUUUGGGGAGCCGGUAUGGAAAGGGACGAAGGACUAGGCGAGUCGCCAUCGUUCGAGUCCCAGACAGCGUCCGCCUCUUCGAUUUGGUCGUUCCCGGGCGUUGCGUUGCCGUCGAGGCCAUCACCGCCGGCGUCAGCGAGUCCAACGUCACCCACGGAUUCACUGUUGGGCGGUGGACGACGGGAAUGCGUGGUGUGCGGCGACAAGGAGGUCACCGCUGCUCUCGUACCAUGCGGACACAAUCAUUUUUGCCUGGACUGCGGCAACCGGGUCUGCGAGAGUUCGGAUCCUAGCUGCCCCAUCUGCUCCAGGCCUGUCUUACAGGCACUUCGCAUCUUCUCUUAAGCACCGAUCAAAGCUAGCAGAGAUUCUCGAGACUCCUGGUACAGCGGCUGUAACACCGAUUCUCACCAUUAACAAAACGUCUGCUCUUCAAUUUUUGGCGGCUCAUCCAGGAACGACGGCGCUGGAGAACGCCCACCCCGAAUUUUUCCGUAUAUGAAAAGCCUCGUGUUCCCCCGUUUGUUACGACUACGGCCGUGAAAUUGCGCGGCAACAACGGGGGAGCGGACGCGCACAAUGUCUCAAUUCCACUGCUGCCAAUAAUCUCUUCUACGCGCCGGGAAUGCCCUGAUAUAAAUGCUAACUUGUCGCGUCGUUCCCGCCGACCGAAUACAACGAAGUCAGCUUUUAAGUUCUACAAGAAUAUAUAGAACGAGAGAGAGGGAGAGAAAGAGAGAUUAAAAAGAAAGAUAACAUACUCGCUCAUUCAUUGUCAUCGUUUUCAUACUUUUACCCUCGGUAUAUAACGUAAAUUGUAGUAGAUAUCCUGGCUCGCAGGUUUAUGCACAAGAUCAACACGUCGAAUGAAUGGCGUCGGAGCUGACGCGCGAUCGAGAGUAAUGAGUGACACACUCGGUUCUCUGUGUUCGUAUCAUGAUGGACGUCACAUGUUUCUGUUACGUGAAAGAAGGACGAUUCGUUUGGCUUUGCCGCUUAUGGGGUUGCCUUCGAACUAUCGGGAAAAAGUUUGACGCGCACAGUUCGAUACCUUCGUAGUAACGAGACUGUUGACCACCGAGAUGUUACUUUGCUCGGAUAAAAUACAAAUUAGUAUUGAAGGUAGUGCGUUUCAUAUCGAUUGCAAUAACAUUCCAUUCGCUGAUUGUAUUCACGUCACGGUAUAUUCUCGUAUUUUUCUACAAAUUCUUUUCGAAUCGAAGGCAGUCUAGAUAAUGGAAUGGAACGAAUUAAUCGAAUCAAUCGAAUCUCCAUCGACAACACUUUAAUUAGCGUAGAUAUUAUUUUUUUAUAUAAUUGACAAUCCACGAACGAGAGUCAGCGCUCUUCGGUAAUACGUGCGAGAACGAAACAUUCAUAGUUUUUGAAUAUUUUUGUAUGUUGUCCUUCUUUUACGUAUCGAUGCAUGGAACGAUUGAAACCGUAAUUGCCAUUGCGUUAUUCUCCGCGAAACAUUGUGAAACACUAUAUCAAAGGUGCUUGCAAACACUGAGAAAUAAAGUUUUUACGAAUUCUAUAUUUUUAUUUAGGAAGCGUACCAAUCAUCGUAAACGUCCUGUUUAUCGUUCUGAACGUUUUAUGGAAAUUACGAGUUUCGAUUUCCAUCAGCCAUGAUUUGGCUUUUGAAUGAUCAAAAAUGCAGUUGCGGUGAUGUUCAUUCGCUCUCUCGAUCGUUACGCUCUUCGCGUCUUUUGCGAUCACGUGUCUGCUGGUUCAAAGAUGGAGACAUAAGAACAGCUGAUAAUAUAAAAACAGAAUGAUUUUGAAAAAAAAAAGAAGGAAAAAUGCGUAUGAAGAUCCUUUAUUAUUAUUAUUCGUUAUAACUAAACGAACAGGCAAUGUGAAUCACAAAGAACACGAUAAAAAUGCUUUUGUAUGUUUUAUAAAAGCUUCCAUGACGAAUUCAGUAUAGUUUGUCACGUGGUUGCAAGGUGUGUUUGGUGGUAAUCAAUCAAACGAUUUAAAUCGACGACAGUGUCAAAAUGGAAAGCGAUAUAGAGGAUGGUCGUGCAUCUUUCGAUAGUUCAGCUUUCGAAGUUUCUCCGCUAAUAAUUUAUGGGAUUAAUGGAGCAAUCGUAACAAAUGAAAUAUCCUUGAAAUAUUUAUUAUCUCGUCACUAUUCUUAUCUCAUGACAAGUGAAAACUUUUUACGAAAGCAACACUAUCGGUAGAUGUAUCGAUACACGAUGGACUUUCGAGACCUGCGAGCUCGUCGUACAUAAUCGCAGCGAACGAUCACCGAAAAAAAAAAAUAAUUGCCCGUAUUUGACGUAACUUAUAACCUAGUACACGCUCACUCAUACCUAUGCAUACACAUUACACAUACACAUAUUACAGACAAACAGCCGAUCUCAUCAUUAUAUAUAACAGGCACACGUCGCACCAGAGAAAACAGAUUUAAAAAAAGAAAGAAUAUACAGGGUGAGUGGUCACGUGUCCCUCGAUUUGCCGCAAAAUUACUUAGAUGAUAGUAUUAUUAAAAACGGCGUGCCCGUCCCACCCAGGUUCCCUCGCUACUAGAGUAUUAUAUCUUACAUUUAUAUAAGCGGCAUAGCGAUUGAAAUAAUAAUAAUAAUAAUAAUAAUAUAAUAAUAAUAAUAAUAACAAUAUUAAUAAUAAUAAUAAUAAUAAUAAUAAUAAUAUAUAAAUAUAAAAAAGCAUAAAUAAAUAUAUUAUAUAUAAUAUAUAUAUAUAUAUGUUGUCAGGAAAGAAAAGGCUGACAAGUAAGAAGGAUGAUAUUUUAUCGAGGAGAUUUAGAUUUUGUAUUUUUCGCGCGUUUCGUCGAUGGGACUACGGGUGGUCGGGGACAGCUACACGCGCCGGGCGACAAAAUAAAUGAAAAUUAUUAUUAAGAGUUCUAUAAGAAAAAGAAAAUAAAAAAGAGCGAAGGCAAAAAAAAGAGACAAACUAAAAAAAAAAAAAAAAAAAAAAAAUCGAAAAAUAAAGAAAAAGGAAAAAGGAGACAGCGCUUAAAGGGAAACAAAAUGUUUUAAGAUUAUACGGUGCAUCGCGGGAACGCGUGAACCAACUUCUCCCUGAUUGCUGAAAGGAACGAGAACAACGGAAAGAAAAGAAAAAAAGAAAGGAGAAAAAAAAAUAACGCCGUCGGUCGAUUCCCGUGAGCGUAUUCUUCGGGCCCUAAGUAAUAAUCCGAGUAAUAACUUGCUCCUGCAAAAGAGAACUAAACUGAUGUAUCUUUUCUUAUGGGGAUCGACGACCCGUGUACAUUUAGCUUUUCUUUCGACAAGUCGUGAUUAUAUUAUUACAUAUUGUAUUAUUCUAUCGCAUGGAUAUAUAUCGGAUGCUAUUAGUAUGUGUCAUUCUACUAGAGGAAGGACGAACGUGCAUUUUUAAUUCUUCUAUUUCACGUUGUCUUCUUUCCUCGUCCUUCCUCGCGGACAUCCGCGUUCUUCACGAACGAGUCUCGUGAUUUCCAGGAUGUGCCACCAGCGUGCGCGUUUGGGGCAAAGAAAUUGCGGUACUCGUCGUUCAACACGAACGAGAGGGUGGCCGGUACCUGUCUUUACGUCCCUCUGUAUUGCAAUUCACUUCCUUCCUUCUUUUUCUUCUUCUUUCAGCGAGGAACAGUGUUGCUCGUUGUUUGUUUCGUAAUUCUAUUUCAGAAGGGAAAGAAAGCUGGACGAACGGUCUUUAUCGGGUGAAAAACGCGAUGAACGCGUUGGCCCGCUUCUUUUUUCUUAUUUUUCGACAUUAAGAGUAGAAAAAAGCCGAGGGACAAAACUACUUCCCCUUUUUUGACUCCUUCUAUCUUAUAUUUAUGCUGACUUCGAUGUCGAGUACUAUAGCCCAUUCUACUUUCCUCUAAUUCUUUCACAUUCACGUAAUUCUUCCUCGUUAUCUGUUACUGGAACCGCUGUUCAAAGCUGUUCCCCUCCUUUUUUUUCUGUUUUCAUUCUAUCUUCAAAUCGUCGAAAACUUCUUGUCAAUCGUUGCCAUUUUUAAACGAAGAUAUGCUCAAGGCGCAGCUCCGAACAAGUCGAGGUAUAUUAUUAAUACAUAUUACAUAUAAAAUAUAUAUAUAUAUAUUAUAUAUAAUGUACGUCAUCCAAUGUUGUCGGAUGUUCGAAUAGAAAGAGGAUAUUUUUUCGGUCGUUCGAGCUGCAGCUCUGUAUAGCGGGUGCCUCGGUAGUUUCUCAGCUAGACUCACUCCCUUCGUUUUUUAUUUUAUAAUAUUAUGAUUAUUAUUAUUAUUUUUAUUUUGUAAUGUUUUUUUAAUCGUUCAGCAGAUGUCUUUGUUCACUGUGUAUUUUGUUUUGAAUUACCCCGUCCUAGCCAACUCUGAUGCCCCAGAAACCACCCCCGUGUCGUUCUCUUCGUACGAAAGGAAAUAAUAAUCAAGAGAAAACUCUUCCUUCUUGUCAAAAAAAAAAAGCGUUCUCUUCGCGAGCUACCGGUUAAUCGAAAUAGACACAAGCAUUAGGUACACACUUUCACACGGGCAUACAUACACUCCCUACGAAAAGUUUCACACUCAGCUUUCAUACAGAAUCGCGCUACAUUUUAGCGCCAAUGUAUAUUAGAUAUGUAUGUACAAUAUUAUUAUUUGUUGCUCCGCAGGACAUCACUCAUCCUGUCACAUGAAUGACGAGUUCACGCGUAGACGCAUGAAAUCCUUCUAAACAUACAUUUACACACAUUCAUACAUUUGUACACAUACACGUUCAAAGAACAUACACACAAGUGAACGCAAUCUGACGUGCACUAACAUAAUACAUAAAAACACAAACAUACAUAGAUCAAACACGCGCGAAGAAUAAAAGUCUUAUAUUUAUAUAUACAUAUAUAUACAUGUAUAGAAGCAUUAUAUGUAUACAUAUGUAUAUUGUAAUCGACACUCGAUAGAGAGAAAGGGAGAGAGAGAGGUUUAUUAUAUUUAAGUUCGAGGCAAAUAAAUUCUAUAUUUUUUCUAUGUUAAGUAUAAAUUAGAGAGACUGUGAGAGUGAAUGAAAAGAGUGAAUGAUAAUGGCAAGAGAAAACGAAAAGAAGUGUAAAAGAUACGGUGAUGACAAACAUAUUAUAUUAUAUUAUUAUAUUAUAUAUUAUAUAUAUUAUUAUUAUUAUUAUUAUAUUAUAUUAUAUUAUUAUAUUAUAUUCUAUAUAUAUACAUAUAAACUAUAUUUAUAGGUAUUCUCUUUAGCAUCUACGUUCCGAUAUACGGGGACGCCGCCGCGCAGAGUAUAAUAUAAAGGAACAAAAAAACAAAAAAUAUGACGAAAAAAGAGAAAGACGGUCGGCGUGCUUGUACAUGCAUAUGUAGAUCAUGCCAGAUAAACUGUCAUUAACUUCGCUGCAUAAAGUCUGAUCUGAUUCUCGCAGUUGGAGAUCAGAGAAAGGGGUGAGAAUGGGUGAAGGGGAAGGGAAAGUACGAGAGAAAAAGUAAAAAAUGGGAAAGAGAAUGAACGCGAAAGAGAUACAGGCGCGAGUUUUCGCUCUUCUUGUGUUUUUUCUUGCUUCUUCUUCUUUGACGGAAUUUUCGAAUAUCGCGCCGCAGUUCUUGUCGCGCGCUAGAGAAAAGACGACGGGGACUACCGACGAUCGCGAAACGGACGGACGAGAAUACAUCGCUGAACUCUGUGUGGUUGUGUUGGUAUUUGCUCAGCAAAACUGCUGGUACUUGCUCGAACGUGGAGAAAGAACAGGUGAAACCGAAAACGUCUCGCGAGAUAAAUCGAGAGAUGACAAGGGUGGUGGGAAAGAAUAACAGUGGGUGGUUGCCAAAAUUCGAAGCGCGUCUCGUUGUACUCGCGAAACAACCUCGACAUGCGUCAGAACGAAAUGUCUGCAUGAAAAGUGUAGUAGAAGUAAAGCAAUUUGUCAACGAUAAUAUCCAUAGCCGUGGCUCUCUUCGAGGCGCGUGUUCGACGGCGUCGAUGUGCAGCGAAACUCGGUUCACUCAGGGCCGUCUUCCCAACGUACCACGAAUGAUCCACUGGGAAAGUCGCGGUUUCAUACGUAUAACUGACAGAGGUAGCCUUGCUGACCGCACGUAGAUCGCGCCCGCGCUCGCCGUUACGCAGUCUUCCCUUCUCCCGAAGCGCGAUUCCGGAAGACGAUACAGCUCUGUGUGUUUAGUGUGCCGGGUUCCGCGGCAACACUAUAUCACGAACAAACGAGUAACAAUUUGUCGAGAACCUCCGCUAGACUUUAGGACGACUACUGCUAGAUAACACUUAACCGAUUCACCGACGCGUCAGGCAGCCUUCACUUUGGCCGAGGUUCCGACAUAUCGCGGCAGAUUCGGCGUCAUCGUUCCUCACGAUCGUCAUCUUCGUCAGUUAGGUCACUGCACGUGUGACGUGCGCUGCUUUGCAACGUUCACGGCGCACGCGUACACGUUGUUUCGUGUUCUCGCUCCAAUUUCGCACUUAUUAUCCACCGAUAACGCCGUCGCGACCACCGCUGUCCCGACUUUCGUUCGUUUCAGCGGACGUACAAGCAUCGUUCGUGGCUAUGCGUUCGCCAUCAUCUCCAGCCACUUUUGCUAACGUCCGUCGAGUCGAUCCAAAGUUAGAGCAGAAGGGAUCGCGACGAGUCGAUUCGUUCUUCCGUUGCGUCGAGCCGCGUGCUAAGGGUGACGAUUGCCGUUUUUGUUCUCAAGGAGACAACUUUUCGCUAAUCGAGGUUGUGCGUUAAUCUUCCUCCUUGACCGUGUACCAUCGAUUAUAGAGUACCGAUCAGACGCUAGACCACAAGGGUAGCAGGAUUUGCAGUGCCAUACGUGAAUCAAAAGUUGUUCGCUAUGUUCUUCUACCAAUAAAUGUCGAUUUCGACUAGCUGCUAUGUUGUUCUACGAUGGGAAGGUUAGUUUAGCGACGGUGUUCAUUCUUAUCCGGGCAUUUUUUUUCCACGCGAUUCACCCACCGCACGCGCCAAUCAAUCGUUUCUUCGAUGAGUCGUUCAGCAGGAGGAGAGACCGCCCGAUCUUCUUAUUAAUCGGUUGAAGUGGGAUAGUUUGGAAGCAGAAUGAUGGAAAUGAUCGCGUAGCAUUUUUCCAGGAUGUUUUUUCUCCGCGAGACGCGAAACACGGAUGUUGUCUGGCCCUGCAGUUCCCUUUUCACUUAACGUUCAAUCGUUUCCAGUGAUAUUAGUCAAUGAUGUGUCAGACGGAUAAAGUAUCGUGACUUACGGUGUGAUUAUGUUCUCCUGUUUGUCUUUCUAAUUCGACAUUAAUUCUAUUUUAUGCGUUUCUAAAUUGUUUAUGCGAUUUUGAAAGAAUUAUUGUAAGUAAAUUACGUAAAUGCCAUUAAAAGAGUGAUAUAUAUAUAUAUAUAUACAGUAUAUAUUUUUUUAUAAAUAUCGCGAGUGACGUGUUAUUUUAUUGUUAUUUAAUCUAUUUUUCGUUGUUUUAUGUGAAACUGAUGAAAUAUUAUUUGUUUAUCGAGUAACAACGACGAAAUGUAUCAAAAUCGAAUUUAAUUAUUUUGUUAACCGUAUUCUUAAAAAGCUCGUUUACUUGAUACGGUUUUUCUUUACUUUACUUCUUUUUUCUCUUCUUGCGUGUUCGUUUCCGCGUUUCUCGCGAAUAAAAACGUCUAAUCGCGACGUUGCAUAAUCUCUCGCGGACCAAUCAUCGUACGAUCUCUGUUGCUGUUUUUCCACUUCGCGACCGACAGUUUACGACCGUCCCGGGGCGCCGCAUUCCUUCUAUGGAAGUGGUUUUAUCAGAUCGAUAAAACGCGACCAGUCUGACACAUUUCAUCGGCACCAAAUCGUGACGGAUCACGGACAGAGACACAUUCAGCAAUAUUAAACUUGUCGGUGGAUCGUUGCUCGCGGUGUGUAUCUCUCGUUCAAAGACGAAUCACGCGACCAUUUCACGAUUUACAACCUUCUUGCUUCCCGUGGAAAUCGAUAAAACAGAAAAUCGUGGCGUUCUCCCUUCGAACGCAACGCUCGUAAACCCUCGUGGCGACUUCGCCGCGAUCUGAGUGACAGGGCAUGCUGUGUAUUCUUUGUAGCGCGUUCUUUGUAGGAGGCAUUUACCGCGUUUUAACGUAACGAGUAAUAAAACGUCGUCUAAGGUUAACUAAUAUCGUAAUAAUCGUAUUAAAGCGUAACGUAUAAUGAUUAUUGAUAUAGCCAUUGGCUGUGACCGAUAACUGCCAUUUUCGUAAAAAAAAAAAGAAAAAAAAAAGAAACAAAGACGAGAGAAAUAAGACGGGAAGUUGUUUUAAACGGGUCUGCGAACACAGACGUCGGCGAUCUCAUUGUCGCCGCGUCCUGAGAAUACCAGUACUGUGCGCGGACACGUGCUCACACCAUACACACGCACACACACACGCACGAACACAUCUACACGUACGAACACACACGAACACGUUAAUGAAACGGAUACACGCGAUUGGGUCGCCAUGUCGAGAUAAACGCGAGAAUUUCGGUUUCGAGGAACGAGACGGCGAGGAAACCGGGGGGAUUUGGUGAAACGAUAACGGAGGACGAUAUGACGAUGGUGAAAAUGAGAUACGAAAACUACUAGGAAGGAUCCGGAGACGUCGGUUUUUCCUGAAGUUAUAGCGAUCAAAGGAGAAUUUCGGUGCGAGAUAGGAAUACAGCUCUGGCGAGAUUAGAGACACUUUCAGAAAGAUGGUUGUUCAACGGAAUAAGGUUCGAAUUGACGCGGAGAAAGGGUGAAACGACGCGAGUAUUGAGCAAUUGCGAGAGAGAGAGAGAGAGAGAGAGAACACGUACACCCACACGACGAUACAUAUCUCAAAGAAUAAUAACUAAACGUAAGGGAGAUUAGAUAAACGUUAAUAGAUGACAGAAUAAUAAGGAAAUCUAGCGAAUGAGGAGAAAAAAAAACUUUGAUGAAAAUGGAUGAAAAAGGAUUAUAAAUUAAUUAUAGGUAUAUCGAGCCGUAUAUAUAUAAAUAUUAUAGAAAGAGAGAGAAAGUGAGAGAAAGAAAAAUAGAUGAUCGUUGUUGCUUAAUUUGUCCGUAUUUACUAUAUUAUUAUAUUCUAUUAAAUAGCUAUAUAUAUAUUUGAUUAUUAAUUAUUAUUAAUUAUAUUAUUAAUAUUAUUAUCAUUGAAAUCAUUAUUAUUAUUGGUCUAUAUAUAGUAUGUAUGCAUAUAUUUCGCGCCUAUUUCUGUACUUGCGCAUAGUGGUUCGCAGGAUCGGUUUAAAGCUUGGCACGGAAUCAUAUUUUUUGUUUGCCGUUUAGUUGAAACUCUAUUUAAAGAUUAUUUUAUUCUUUUAGAACGACUCCUAUCGAUUAAUCGCAGCCGAUAGAGAUUCUACUUUUUAAUUAUAUAAUGGACUGAAAUUUUCCUCGCGAAAACCAAACUUCGUCGCUGCGACACUUUCUUCUUUAUAUUCUUCUAUUGCGUUCUAACCUGGUCAUUGUUUUCUUUUCGAUCGUUCUCCAUCUUUUUCAUCUCCUUUCGUGCACUAUGCAAGCUAUCGAUCAACGAUGGAUAGUGAUUGGAUAUGAGUGAGAUCGUUCGAAUAUAUCUAAUAUAUUAUAUAUAUAUUAUAUAUUAUAGAUACUAUAUACACGCGUUUGUAUUAUCGCGGAGGGGAAAAGAAACAGAAAAAGGAUGCACGUUCGAGGAUACGAAGACGCGCAGCUCACUGUAUUAUUCUAUAUGGAUCGAUAUAAAUGGCGCGGUAGUACGUCGAUCAUAUCGAACUCAAGUUCUCGAACGUGCCACCGCACAAUUACUUACUCGAACUACUUACUCGUCUACUUAAUUGUCGCAAAGGACGAACGAAAGCGUAGCUGUGCUCAGUUUACUGCGUUCGUAAUCGUUGCACGCGCGCAUCACCGUCGAUCCAUCGAGUUAUCACGUAGCAGUCGUAGCCAUUUCAGUUUCCUCAGCGACUCCGUUCGUCUUACGUUCAUAUCAAAUCUGUUUGCGCGCGUUUGCAUAAAUUAUAAUUUAUUUUUGUUACCGUAUGUAUUGCGCUGCGAGUAAAGGAAAUAAUUGUUAUACGUAAAGAUUAGAUUCAGUGGUAUCUUAGGAAGUGUUCGUUUAUUCCCAGUGAGUCUUGUCCAAUAUGGAUAAAUUUAAGUUGGUCAAUUUGCUACAAGUUGAUAUGGUUGCGAAUUAUGGCCACGAAGUCAUUGAAGAUGUUAUAUGAAAGCUAGAUGCAAAUAGGAUAUAGUCACGCAAUUAUAAUGUGAUCGAAUUAUGUUCUUCAGAAACGGACAGAUACAAAGAGCGGUCAAUGAGCUUUGCAAUUAUCUGUCGAUAAAGGAAAGAUAAACGAAGGAUGAAGAAUAACGAACACACGUAAACAGAUUCAGAUUGGCGCAGAGACAAUCGAACGAGGACGAUCGCGAGGGAAUGUCGAAAGGGUUAAACACGGUGAAACAGAAAAACGUUGUGAAUUCUUGAAAUAAUAAUUCUUCGAUGGAUCGUCGAAAUCUCGUGCAUAUCGAUCCUCGUUCUUUUCGACUUUUAUUUUGUUCGUUUGUGUUCCUAUAUAUGUAAUCUCACGUUUUCUUAUAUUAAUUUUUUAUCCUCGUCUACCUUUUCAUUUUAUAAUCGCUAUGUUCUAAGGAAAAUUAUUUUUUGUUUUAGACAUGAAUUAUUUAAAACUAGUUUUAAGAACAAUGAAAGAGAGAACGCUUGUGUGUUCGCGAGAAAACAAGGGUGCGCAGUUUACAUGUAGAUGCAACGAGUUACGAUACGGCUUUCCUUUCUUCGCCAGGGGGAGAGGCGUUUUUUUAGGCAAUAGGGGUGUGCGUGUGCAUCAAUGCGUGUGAUCAUUUGAGGAAGGAUUUCCUCGUGAACGCGACGCGAUCCGAGCGUGGCAACCGCUCCAAAAACUAGAGAAUCAGUAUUUCAAAAAUCUCUAUAGUAUAUAUAUAAAUGUAAAUGUAUAUUGUAAUAUUAAUAUUAUAUUAUUAAGACCAGUGUCGUGUGUAACGUUGAAACUCAGUAUGUUUCCUCGUUAAUUAGAGAGAAAUCGAGAUAAGACCGAAAGGGCUGCGAAAACGCGUGUCGAGAAUGAAAAUCGAUAUACGAGACUGCGGCGAAGCGCGAAAAGAAUAAGAUUGCGACGUAUUACCUGUAAUAAUAUUUUAUCUUUUUUUUUUUUCUACUGACAGACCGAAAAGACAGGCGACAAAAGGCGGAUGAAAUUAAAUUAAUGUGCGAAGAAAAAGGGGAUUACCAUGAAAUUACGACGUAGAAUUAUAUUCGUAGGUGGAAUAGGGUGGGAAGUAAGACGGGGGUGGGUUUGUUAGAAGCAAAAAGAGAAGAAAGUAAUUAACUACCGAAACGAAUCUGAAAUUCAUUGAAAAAAAGAAGAAUAUUUUCCAAUGAUCGUAUUGCUGAGAUGCAUGUAAACGUAUAGCGCAUUAUCAUAGUUGUCCCAUUAUUACGAUUACGAUAUACAUAUUAUCUAUAUAUUAUAGAUUAUAUAUAUUGAAUGUUGUGCUUAGUAUUCUUUCGAGAUCCCCUGCGAGGCGACGAGCAAGGGGAAAAGGGAGAGAGAUAAAGAAGUAAAAAGAAAAAAGUCGAUUACUGAAACAAGAAUAUUAAUAUAUGUAGCGAAAAGUAUUUUAUAUCCGAUAUUUUAUUAACGUCACGAUAUUUAUCAGCAUUAUUAUUAUUAUUAUUAUUAUUAUUAUUAUUAUUAUUAUUAUUAUAUUACUACUACUACUGCUAUUACUAUUACUAUUAUUAUCAUGAUCAUUAUAAUUAUUAUUAUUAUUAUUAUUAAUAUGAUAUUCAACUAUCGAUAUAUAGUAUCUGUUCUUAAUUAGAGAAAUGAGAAAUUAAAUCGAAGAAAUCGUGUAUUUUCGUCGGGCACUGGAGAGCGUGAAAGUGCUACCGGCUUGACCGGACUAUGUCAGAUGAACUUGGUGAUUAUAUUUUCGAAAUCUUUUCUUCACCGGUGUCUCUGUUCAGCUCCGAUUGCGGUCAUGAACACGAUUUAGAGCUCGAGCAUCGAACAAUCCCUUGAAUGCGUGCACUCUGUUCUCGCGGUCUCUUUCUUAUAUGAUAGUCUGUACAUAUAGUCUGGUCCAGGUUUUCUGCCAGUCGGGUAAUCGAAACAGAAAAGAACUGAAAACCAAAAGUUCUCGGGAAACGAACGGGAAGAAGUGUCGCUCGCGUCUCCUGUCACAUUUUUACAUCCAACUUCCGGCUAUUCUGCCCUCUUUCCUCGUUUUUCCCGUACGUUGACUGCAUCGGCCGCCCCCUUCCCGUUCUUCUUCGACCCUCGUGUCUCGUUCAGUUUCUUCAACGAAACUUCCUUGUUGCUCUUCGGAGGAUCCUUCAAAAUAGAAAGUUGUUGGAUUUUGAGCGAGGAAGUGACGAUUCUUCUGGUUCGUCGCACGAUACACACGUAUUCCUACCUCUGUAUCCUCUUCUCCUCGACUUCUUCGUGAUCCAGAUGGCGGCAUAUAGAUCUACUGUCUAAGCACCCGCGUUAGGAAAAAAAAGUACGAACUGUAGAGCGGAUAGACAGAAAAGAAAGAGAAACGGUGGAAUCGCUUGCACCCUUCGGUGAUGACGAGUCAAUCUGGGCAUUACGGUUUCGCGAGUCCAGAUGAUUUUCGGACAGGUUCGCGUAUAUGAGAGAAAAAGAGAGAAAGGGCAGGAAGGAUAGGGAAUGGUUAAAGCAAGAUGCUUGGUGAAACGACGACGAAGCGUGUCGCGUAUUGACGGGCCACGGGAAUCGGUCGCCCCGCUCCGACGAUAGCUAUAAUUAAUCCCGUAACGACGUUAACCGAACCAGCAAUAAUCCAUUUGCGACUCGAUGCGCCGUGGCCGACGAGCGACACGGAGGGAUUCGCUUCCGUCAGCGAGUUGCGAUCGAAACGAUCCGGCCAAAGCUGAUCGAACCGAUUCCAUCUGGUGGUCGCUCGUUUCUCCACAAAUUUACCGGCGUUUGUGUGUUCCGGUCGUCGUCGUCGUCGUCGUCAUCAUCGUGCAACGUCAACGAUUGAUAUUACGAUAUAAUAUGCCUGACCAUCCGCUACCGCUUACCAUCGUACCGAGAACGAACUAUAUGCACAUAACCGCAGGAUACACGGCAUUAUAUCAUGUACAUCAUUAUAUGCAUAUACACACGCGUAACAUAUACACGGAUCUCACCAUACCGCAGCAUACCGAACCGUACUGAAAUAGAACGAAAUCUCUAAAAAAUUAUUGUAUGUAAUAUCGGUAAUAUAUUAUAUCAAUAACGAUCACCGCUAUUAUCCAUCGCGUAAUCUAAAUACAUAAUUGUAAACGUGUUUUCUUUUUUCGUAAUGAACAGGGCCGAGAGUGAGACAGAGGGUGACGAGGUUCAUAACGAAAGCUAUUUUUGACAGCGUGCAAGGAUCGCAUGGAGAGGUAGAGGGGGAGAGGAAGGCUUUUUUGGAUGAAAGGGAACAAGGAAAUUAAUCUCCCGGGAAGAGUGUAUGUGUCUGGCGAGUGAAACUGAAUGAAUGAAACAAAAAAAAAAGUAUAUAUAUAUAUAUAUAUAAAUAUAUAUAAUAGAGAAGCUACGAGUUUAUUAUUUUCUAUAUUUUUUUAUGUAAUUUUACGGACAUGCGAUAAUAUAUUACUAUUAUUAUUAUUAUUAUUAUUAAUUUUAUUAUUAUUAUUAAUAUUAUGAAUAUUUUAAUAUAUAAUAUGAUUUUCAUAUAUCGUGUACUUAUGUUUUCUUUCCUGUGUUCUUGUCUGGUUGUUUAUAAACGCUUUGUGUUUGAUUGAUUAUCGUUGUAUCAACAUGAAAUAUAAAUAAAUUUGUCACAUUGAAAAAAAAAAAACGAAAUAAUUAGAAUUAUAAGACGAGCAAGACAUAAGAUAUUUAUAUAUGAAUAUAUUAUAUACAUAUAUACAUAUAUAAAAUGAUAUAUAUAUAUAUAUACAUAUAUAUAUAACCACGUAGUCGUUUAUAGAUAAUUUUUUCACUCGGUUCUCCCGCGUUGAUUCGUUGGUGAUGCGAUCAUUUUCUAUUAUUAUCUUUGUAAUAUCGCAAUCAAAUGGAGGAAGCGGAAAGUGACAUACAAAAAAAAGAGAAAGAAAAGAGGGAAAAAGCAAAAUCAAACACAUGUCAGACGCGACAACCUGACCAUCCUGUUUUUUAAUUAUUAAAACAAAUAUAUUUUACAAUUAUUAAUAUAUCACUACGAUUAUAAUUAUCAUUACUAUUAAGUUUAUCGCUAUCAUUACAAUAUAUAUAUUAUAUAUAUUAUUAUCAUCACCGAUAUUAUAUAGUUAUUAACUAUGCAUACAAUUAUCAAUUAACGCCUGCGAUUAUUAAAACUAUCGAGUAACGAUUAUAAUUGUUCACGAUAAGGACACGGAUCCAAGCUACUUAUCGAAAUGCAUAUUUUAUCCCGUAAUAUAUUUUUGUCGGAUGAUUUUUUAUAUUUAUAUAAUAUAUAUACAUAUAUAUAUAAUAUAUAUUAUAUUAUUAUAUUGUGAAAAGAAAAAAGAAAAAGGUAGAAAACGAAGCAUUUUUGAGAAAUAAUCUUGUAACACGAUGUCGCGAGUGCUCGGAGACGUUGGAUGUCGUAUUUUUUCAUAAUUUGCAUCGCGGACAUCCCCGUCGACUGCCAAUCCUACUUCCAAAAUUGUUUAUUUUUAUACGAUGCGAAUAGAAACUUGUGUUGAAGUAUCCUGUUCUUUUGAUUAGAACGUGGCUGGACACGUCGUCGUGUGCUUUUCCUUUGUAUCAAAUUCGAUCUUGCGAAUGAUGUCGGUUAUCCGCGAUCUCUUCGACAAGAGGGAGAAAAAGUAAGAGGAAAGAAUAAUAGAAUGAAAUCGAUAUUUCUGUGGUCUAAAUGUAAGAAGUAAUUCCUACGAAGCGGUAUCCGAUAUUUUAUUAAACGAGAAAAGAGUAGGAAGGGUUCGAAAGUGAGAAAAAAAAAAAAAAGAAAGAAAGAAAGUACGAAACGAAGAAAGCAACACGUACACAUGCAUUACACCUACUGGAAACGAGUUUAAUAAAAUGUUACGUGAUUUUUAUACAUCGACUGUUAAUUUCUCAUUUUUUCUUUUCGUGUGUUUUGCGUUUCCCGAACCGUUCACAGUUGCGUUUCUCAUUUCUCCUCUCUCAUUCUUAUUUUCUGUCCAUAUUUAUCUUAUUUCUGCGUUUGAAAUCGUUUUUAAAUAAGUGCAUAGAAUUAAAUUGAACGUGGAAAUUCACGAUCACGAUAAUGUAUCUAUUAUUUUUAUUUAUUUUAUUUCCUUUCUUGCAAUUUCCAUCUGCGUUUGUCAGUUUCUCCUUUUUUCAUUUCAGACUGUUUAAACGCACCGUUUCGAACUUUAUUAAUCAUCCAAGUGCAUUAAAUCUCGGACAUCGUUAAUCAUCACUGUCGACGAUAAGGGAAUUGUGGUCACGUGGGUUCCGCAUUCGAUGACGCGGUGGGGUCGCGUGUCCGCAUCUAAUUAGAAAAUCACAUUAACCUUUCGUUGCUUCCGUCUAUAUUCUUCACAGUUGGUCGUUCAUCUUGUGUACUUUCCAAACAGAAUGUCAAUUUUCAAACAUCAUUUAUUAAUCUACUGCCUCUAAAGAACGAAGAACGUCUACCUAUUUAUAUCGUUUUCCUCAAACAAUCUCAACCACCUCUGUUUAAGCUCCAUUAAUUACGUUCAGCUAUUAUCAAGUUAACAUCGUGAAAAAGUGAAGAAAUCGCCGCGUGGCUUCUGACAUAGUCGUCACGGUCCUGGGGGGUUGCGUGUCCACGAUUAAUUAAAAAUCGCACGUCAACCUCUCCUUUUUUCCAUUUAAAAGCCUAGUCGUUUCUAACGCGUAAAAUCACCUACCAAUUUUAACUUAAUUAAUCACAAAUACGUAUUUAAUAUCUUUCUCGAUUUCUAAACUGAAUUUCAUCAAACUUUUAUUUCUCUAUGAUCUUUUGAUUUUAAUAACUCUCUUUUAAGUUUUAUCGAUUAUUUACACGUUCAUAUCAAGUUAAGUUUAUCUUACGUUUGCGUAUAUUAACUUCGUGAGAUAGCAUCGUGGAGUGUAAAGAUGCCGGUGCCACGUGGUAUCCGCGUUGAUCGCGACGGUCCUGGGGGUCGCGUGUCCUCAACGACCAAUGACCGGACGCACGGUACAGGAGCGUGCCGUGAAAAUCUGGCCAUGCCACCACGGCCCCCGGCGCGGUUCGGCCGCAAGGGCUGUUGCCCGUUGGGAUGGCAACGUCGCAUUGCAGCGUUGGGGCUGCGGUCGAUGCCGCCGUCGUGACGGUGGCGGCAUGUCAGGGUGCGAGGUUGCCGUUCUUCGACACGUUCGCUAUCUUUUUCUUUCUCUUCUCAUUCCGUUCCCUUCUCUGUAUCUCUGUGUAUCUUUCGUACAAAAAAUCUCCGAUUUGGAAGGACCAACAUCGAUCGUCUUCGAUCUUUUCCUUUUUGUGUCGGGUGUAACGGGACAGGUCAGAAGGACAGGUAGCUCGAAACAACCGUACAGUCAGGAUAAACCGUCGAAAUCGAGAGUUAUUAAUAACCGUGUCUCGAAGCGGUGUGUUUGACCUCGGCGAGUUUGAAAGUAGGUAGCUUACACUCUGAAACGAUGCCAAGGAGACUCGCUUACUCUAUUCGUCACUCGUGUAAUACAUUUAUUUUUCCCUGGUGGAUCGGUUUUGGGUUUACAUCGGUAACCCCGAACGUUGCAUUGGUGGCGAGAAAGAGAACGAGAAAAAGGAAAAGAGAAUGAUAGAGAGAAAGAAAGAGAGAAUCGUCUCGGUUGCUUUUACCUAUCAGGCAGAAAAAAAACUCGAGAGGGAUCGAUCUUUCUCUCAGUCUUCAAUCUGUUGCUGCUAGCUUUUCUCGAAAGCUCUUCGACGCGGCUUCGAUCCUUUGUUCAGGCAACAACCCUUUUCGUAACAACACACACGCCGGUUGCCAGUUCAUUCUCCGGUCGAGUCACCGAGUUCGUUCGACAAAAACGAGACAGCACGGCUAUACGCGCCCGUUCGAGGCCCCCCUGAUGGCCGCGCCAUUGUCCUAGCUCAGGGCCGGGAGCCUCGACGAACACGAGUAGACCACGCAGAAAGACCUGGCCGCAAAAAUAGCCCGAUUCAUACAGGGUGAGUCGAACUCGGUGCGACGGUAGCUGCACUCUUCCGGCGAACUCGACCGGCUGCCGCGCCAUGCCGUGCGACUCGCCCCUUCGCUCUCGCUUUUCCCUCUUUCUCACUUUGCCACCCUCGAGCUUCGACUUUCUGCUCUCUUUCCUUUUCUCUCUCUCUCUCUCUCUCUCGAGACAGCCUCCGUUGCUCCGCAGUAGAUCGAUAACGGCGACCAUGCUCUCGCCUCUCGCACUCUGAUAUAUGUAGAAGCCGGCACACGUUGCUGGAAAAUCGCAGAGAACGCUGCCAGGGGUUGGAAGGAAAAGAGAUGCAUAUAGAGGAGAGAAGGGAACGUGAGAUAUACGGUUCUAGCAUCUCGAGGCCACUCUCUCAGGGCUGUAGACGGCUGUUCGCCGUGCCCAGAUUUCUUACUCUUUUUGUCUAUAAGUUCCCUUCGUCCAUCUUCCCCCGAGAUUCGGGAUAUCGUCGAAUCGGUGAAUUUCUUUCGAGGUCAUGAGAAAAGCGGUUGAACGUGACGUUGAGGUAACGGUCUCGUUACGUAAGGGGCGAUGUAUCCUCGUUGUUGGAAGCGCUAUUAGGAUUAUGACGGGUUAAUCUCGUUAUAUGACGCGUGAAAAUUCAGUACCGUGUUGUUUUAUAAUUAGACUACGGAUGUUUCUGUAAAUUCAUACUUUUAGAAUUUAUUUGUUUCGUUAGAUAUUAGGAGUGCUAUACUUUGGAUAUUUUAUAUAUUCUCGCAUACUAAAUCUUCAUAUAUUUGAAUCUUCUAUAAAGGCAUAAACAUCCAAAGAUUGUUGGUAAUCAUGAUGAUAAGGUAGAUUUGUGGUUGGAUUACAAUCUUGAGAUUACAUGACAUACCUGCUAUGUUUUCUUCUAACAUAGAGCUAUAAAAUUGAUACACCUUUUUUAUAUAAAGUUGGCAUAAUGAAGCUUGUUCAUAUGAAUUGUUUCAUUCGCUUAUAAUGCAGUUUCAUUUCACACAUAGAUAUUUCAUAAAGGUAGAUUCACAACUAUCGGUGAUUAUACUUUCCAGAGAGAGAGAGAGAGAGAGAGAGAGAGAGAGAGAGAGAAAGGGAGACAGAGAGAGAGAGAGGGAGACAGAGAGAGAGAGAGAGAGAGAGGAAGAGAAAGGGAGACAGAGAGAGAGAGAGAGAGAAUACUCCUGUAUGAAUAUACCAAACCGUUCUUUUCAACCGGUUUGCAUUCAAGGGUCGAAGAAGAGCGUAUAUCGAAUAUCUAAUAUUAACCGACGAAAAAGGGGGGAAAAUAUAUUGAAUUUUUAAUAUUAAACAACAGAAAAGAAAGAAGGAAUCUAUAUCUGGCUGUCGGACAGGGGUCGUGGUUGUAUAAAAAUUGGGUUGUUCAUAGGGAAAUUAAAUGCAAAGUAUUUUUAUAGAAUUAGCAUUCUGUUAAACAAUUCCCGUCUGCUAUCUGCUGCUGCUAUUUUUCUUUAUUCACCAACAAGAUUUAUUCAUCGAGUAGAUUUUACACAUUUUACCUUAAAUGUAUUUCAUUAUUUAAUAGAAAUUCCCAAUAAAUACAAUAGAAACAACAUAUACUUUAUGAUAAACACCACGAACUUACCGAACAGCCGAAUAGAUCUUAUAGAAUCUCUCGAUGGAUCUCGAUUUUUGUACGUAGCUCGUUGCCACGAGGGUCAUAGGACGGGGUAAAGAUCCUUCGACCUCUGUAUCCGUGUCAACCGUUCGUUCUCUCUUCUUCUCCUUCCUGCACGACGAAUCUUCCCCAUCUCCAUCAUCGGGACACGGGACCUCGUUAGAAUGCAGACGCGUCCAGGAGUUUAAGCCUGGUUUUCAAGGUCGGUACUGGCGGGUCAGCGUCACGACGCGGUUCCACGGCGCUGAUCUGGAUCGUGCGACGAUCCAGGGUGAAGCCUUAAAACGACCAUGGCUUUCUCGUGGUGAAACCAAUGAUCGUGCCGCGAUCUCUAAGAUACCUUACAGCCGGAUACACUUUUAACGUUUUAACUGCCACGCUUUAUCGGUAGAACUUAUUUUUAUUACGGACUCCGGUGCGCACGAGAUUCUCUCUGCCGUUUGGAAAAGCAAAUCGCGCGAGCGAUAUCGUGUUCACCUUUCACAUGUUCCCGCGUUUCCACCUUUAUUUUUUCAAACGAUCGCGUGGCUUCGAAUCGUUUCUUCUCUUCUUUAUUGUCUUUUGGUCUAUCUUGCUUUCAGUCGUUUUCAUGUUCUUCUUGCAAAUGGAUAGGAGAAUUUUGUGCGUUAGUGGAGAUAAUAUGAAAUGACAGAUGAUGAUGGUUUGGAUAUUUGGCAAGUAAGUUCGAUAGAAUUCGCGCAAUUGGAGGAAUUUCAUUGGUUUUAUUCUAUCAAUGAAGAUUACUAGGUAUUAUAAUUAUUUGUUUUAUUUACUGCGGAAACUCAUCUGUAUAUGGACAUUCUGUCAUUGACUAUAAAAACUCGUCUAUAUAUAUCCACGUUGAAACUUAUCUAUUUAUCCAUGUUACUUCGUGUCUUUAAUUUAAUAUAUUUCUACUAACGACUUCAUAAAAGGUAACAAUAAAAUACACGCAAACAAUAAAGUUUGUUUCAAUCAAAAAUUAUCUUCUAUUCUAAAAUGGAUAACUUCUAAUAGGGAACGUGUAACAAGAAGGUCUAUUGUUUAUCUAACCGGAUACUACAAUUUAAAAAAUGUACGAAUCUGAAUGAAUAUUGUAUUCUCACAGCAUCUUCGUUAGUUCACCCCAUUCGAUUUAACGAUUCUCCAAUUAAUUCAAGCACUUCAUAAUUCUUUCUCCACUCGUUUCUUUUCUUUUUUCCAUCUUUUACAAUCUCCCUUCAUGUUUCCAACGCUUACUGGCGUCUCCCUUUUCACAUCACUGUAGCCAUUAUCCACAACCAGUAUAUCGUUCCCUUACGUAACACUCGCUAUACCGUGUCCUCUAAUUCCUCCCUGUAAAUCUCAUUCCUUUCUCAACCCUCUCAUUCAAAUUACGAUUCCUUUAAUAUUCCAUCUCUCUUUGUUCUCCACAUCUUCACAUUCAUUCGUUAUAGAUUUUGACGCGUCAUUUUUCUCUUUCUUUCUUCGAGUUCUCCUUUAAGGGUGCGAAGUGUUCCACGACGACGACGACUCAUAAAAUACAUAUACGUAUAUAUAGGUUGUAACUGUUUUGCGCGACUAUAGUAAACGCUGCGUAUUGCCUUCCUGCUCGCUCCUGCACACCGUUAUUUCUCUCUUUCUAUUCACCCUAGGUCCCUCUUUUCUUCUGUCGUUGUUCCUCUCCCACUUCUCUCGCUCUGUCCGUCGAUUCUCUUUCUCGCUUCUCUUUCGGUCGAUAGCUCGUGGGGGUGGCGGAGACGCGGCGACGCCCUGCCAGACCACCCCCUUACAACUUCCCCAGUGAUUCUCAAUCUCGAUCAGAUUGACGUUUUAUCGGAUCGACGUUCACAUGGCGAUACAAAUAAUUCCAAAUAUCGCGCACGUUUCAUCUGAAUGAAAUAUUCCUUUUCUCUCGUCUCGACCGUUCUUCGAACAUGGUUCUUUUCAUUUUGAGAAUGGGCUUGGUUCUUGCCUUUCUUGUGUCCACGUGCACAAAACUAUUAUGUUCAACGGCUUUCUUAUAGUUAGAUAUAAAUUCUCGUUCGGUUGGAAAUCGCGCGGGAGGAAAGUUUGAACGUCGUAGUUCGUUACCGAGCUAACGUGGACGCUCACCGAAGCGAGCGUCUAAUGGGGAACGUUUGUAAAACGUAUCGAUGUCUAGGGUGCAUUUAUUAGUUGAGAGCGUGAGGCUCGUCGCCAACAGUGGUUCUCAUUUAUUAGUAAUUCAUUUCAGGGAAUAUGCGUUCGAGUAAUCGUGAUCGAAUAAUGCGUACGUUGAUAACGUUGCAUAUAAGUUAAAAUAUUUUUAAUUGGUUCCCGUAUGUUAUAGUUUCUCUAUGCUUUCGUUCAGUCGAUUCGCAAAAGGGAAAAGCAAUCAAACUAUGGAAAUUUGGCGAUUUAAACGGAACCAAUGUCUUUCAUGGGAAUAAUUAAAGAUGUUAUAGGUGUCUUUCUGUAUUUUUUGGUACUUCGAUUUUUUUUACCGAUCAUUGAAUACUCAUUUCGUAGUUUGACAUCGCGUAUUUACGGUUCUGUAAGUGUUUAACGAUGUGCAAUGUUUACGAAGCAAACGACCGAGCAUUUUUUUUUUAUGGCGCAGAUGCUAGUGAACGUUGAACGAACGGAAAGAGGGUUGCCCACCCCCGUCCGCAUCCACCCCACCGAAGAUAAAUCGAUGCUUUUUUUCUGACUUGCCAUAAUUAAUCUUCGUGUUGCACGGUUCGCGUGAUCGACAGUGUUGAUGAAACAAUUCGAAAACAAGCCGCAGUUUCUUCGCCUGUCUCCUUCUUUAGAGAUUUAAUUUAUAGAAUUCUUGCGUAAGUUUAAUCUUAUAUAUUUUUAUAUUUUAUACUUUUCAUGUGUCAUUUCAUUUCGGUCUCAGUUUGACGUUCGACUCGUUCAAAUUUCUCGCGUCCAACAAUCGUUCGCUGAAACGAGUCGAUUCAUUCGUCAUGAACCUGUCUGCACUCGUGACUGUGUGAUUGUCCAAAUUCCGUGAAAGAAAGAAUAAGAAAAAGAAGAAAGAGAAGAGAUAUAUAUAGAGAAAGAGAGGUAUACAUAUGCAAGGAAGGAAAAAAAAAGAAAUAUAAACGACUUAAUCGAACGAUAAGAUCAGUGGGGAUGGCGAUCUUGAUGAUCCGUCUCGAUCGAUUUCGAACGUUUGAAUAUUCACGAGCAUUAUUAGGUAUAUUAGUUAGAUCACGAAUACGCGAACUCGUUUUUAAUUGCGUAGAAUUAAUCGCAGGUGGUUCGGAGCCAAAAAAAAAAAAAGAGAAAAAUAAAACAAAACAGAGAAAAUAAGAAAUUCGUAAAAAAACGUAGCUGGCAGAGAGGCGUAUGCCAGAGAUAUCUGAAAGGUGCGAGGGGAAAGAAGAUGAAGAAGAAUAAAUUUAAUAUUAAGCAAAUACAUAAAUAUAUUAAAAAUGAAUAUAUGAAUAUAAAUAUAAAGCAAAUAUAUAUAUAUAUAUUAAAAAAAUUACAUAUUAUGUAUGUAAAUUAUAAGGCGCGUAUUACAUAGAUAUUUAUAUAUAUAUAUUAUAUAUUAUAUAUAUAUUAUUAUUACAUUAUGAUUAUUAUUAUUAUUAUAGUAUAGAGCCGUGACCUCUGGUGAAAACGAGGUUUUUUCUAUUUUAUUAUGAUAACGAUCCUAGACGAUAGAAUACAUUUUUGUCUAUGCGACGUGUUUUCGAGAAAGAUAGAGAGAGCGAGAGAGAGAGAAAGUGUGUGUAUAAGAUGCAAAAGAGAGGAACGUACGCAUAUAUAAAUAUAUAUAUCAAAUAAUUAUAUUUGUCGGAGUAAUUAAACGAGAUGGGACACACGAACACGAGCGUGUAGACGAAGAGACACGUAAUACCGUGCAAUUGACACAAACAGCUAAUAGAAACAUGCACACACAUAUACACACACACAUUCAUAUACAUACAUACACGCGGGCAGUUGAAAAAUGUACACGUAAAACACGAGAACGAGGAAAAACACGCGCAUUCACGUUUAUAUGUAACAUGUAUCGAUUCAAGUGUAUCUGUAUAUACAUAUUACAUAUAUUAUUAUAUACACAUACUGCGUAAAUAAUCACAGUCGUUUGGAGAAGAGAGAAAGUGGCGUGGAGGAUCGAGAAGGAGGACAUUAAAAAAAUAAAACAAAAAAAAAAAAAUAGAUGAUGCGAAAACAAGAAGCGGAGAAUAUUUAAGAAGAGAAGAGAGACACGCGCGAUAUUAAUCGAGCAAAUUAAUCGAAACUCGAAUGGCUCGGAAAGAUGGUGAAAAAUGGGGAGAAUGAGAGACACCGAGUACGUGAUUUAAAAAAAAGAAAAGAAAAGAGUAAUUAAUUAAUUUUAUACUUUCUCGUGAACGUUGCGAAAUGCUCAAACACAACAAAAAACAGCAUAAGAUAACAAAUAAAAUGACAAAAAAAAAAAGAAGAGUGAAAAGGAGGAAACAGAAGUAGAUCUUAUCGAUCGUGAUUAACGAACUGGUGCGUAUGGCUCAUUUGAAUGUUGGACAUGUGAUUCGCGUUGGGCUCAAAUCGAUCGGUCGAGGAUCGUCGGUGUGCUCGAGGAGCGUUUCGACGAAUGGCGCAUGAAUAAAGUAACAGAAGAGCGACAGGAAUGAAUAAAUGAAACUUAUAGGAGAACGAAACGAUAACCGCGACGGCGGCAAGACUAAAUUUAAUAAUUAACAAAGCUUCGUUCGGUGAAAGUUGCAUUCAAACAAAGUUGCAACAAAGUUAGAGGAAAACCUAUGAUUUAUCGUUUUAACGGCAAUACAUAAAUAUGCAAAGUAGAAAAACGUAUGUAACUGCGAAUAUAUAAAUGCGGAAUAUAUAUAUAUGUCUCGUAAAAGUCUGCGAACAAAGAACGAAGGAAUCGCGUAACUCUUGAACGAACGCGUUGCUAACGAUCGUUCAGCUGUGAUCGCCGAAAUCUGUCGACACAACAUACGCACAAAAGAAAACCUCCGCAGGCAAACGGUGAACGAGUGAGGUGAUAACGGUGUUCCAGAUCAAAGAGCGUACGAUAGUUUAUGAUAGAAAGAGGUGGCUAAAGAAAUGUUCGUCGAAUCAUUCCUGGGUACACCAGUGAUUCGAGAUGUAGGUGAAUAAAGUUGAAUGAGGAGAAGAAAGAUAGUCAGAGAGAAAGGAGAACGAAAGAUGAAAUAGAAGAAAAGAAUUGAAGGAUAUGGUAUGGUGGAAUUAGACGCAGAAGAGAAGAAGGGAGGAGAGGAACGGAGGAGAAGAUGAGAAAAAAAAAUUAUUAAUACAAAAAUAUUAAUACCUAAAUGCCCGGUUUAUUUUUAUAUUUAUUUUUCGAUCUAUGAAACGUUAUAAAAGUUUAAAAGUAAUAUUUAAAUCUAAAUAUAUAUGACGAUAAAUAUUAUAUACUUACGCUCUGUGUAUGAUAUAUAAAUAUAUAUAUGAUUAUUAAUUACUAUGAUUAUUAUUAUUAUGAUUAUGAUUAUUACUUAUUGUAAUGAUAAUAAUAACAACAAAGAGAGCAAAAAAAGCAACACGAACAACGGAUGAUUAAACAUUAUCCAGGACUGUACCGUAUUAUUACUAACCGGUACGAUGCCAUGUGAGCAGAUUGAUAUUAAAAAAUGAAAGAAAAGAAAAAGACAAAAAAAAAAAGAAAAGAGGGGAAGAAGAAGAAAUAACGCGUAACCUUCCCCAUAAAUGGAAACACAUGCCCUGCUAUACCAUCCCCCCCGUAAAGACAAGUCUACCACUUCCCUUUAUUGAUUCGUAAUAACCCCUGUAAAUGCGUAAGUUCGUAAGAGACAUCGACCCGCACGUGUAACAUUUCCGACAUUAAGAAGAAAAAAAGAAAAGAAAACGAAAAGGAAAUUGUACCGUAGAAUUAAAGAAUCCUAGUUGCUGUAAAACAAAAUCAUAAACAUCUAUAUGUAUGUGUAUAUAUAUAUAUUUAUAUAUUUAUGUAUAUAUAUAUACACACGUAUAAACAUAUACAUAUAUAUUUAUAUCAAUGUAGCGUGGUUAAUCUUUUAAAAGAAAGACGCGUAUAGUGAGACAUCAUAGGUUUUUAAUUCACGUAAAGACUAUUAAGAGGACGUGUUUUCAGUGGUCGGUCAGUAGCAUCAUAGCAAUAAAGAGGAAAGAUGAAGGAUUUAUCGAAUCAAAGAAUCGAAUCGAAAUGAGAUUCGUCCGAUCCGUUAGGGAAAAUCGACGGUUUUCUAAUCAAUCGCUUUGUAUAAUAUCGAUAUUAGUUUAUAAUACUAUUGCAAUAGCUCGACGAUUCUCUCUGUUCACUUUAGAUCAACCGUAUUUGGUUUAUGAUUAGAAAUUUUAAAUUGAAAUUAACAAUUUACAUAAGAUCUGUAGUUGGUCAUUUCGCGGAAAUUUGCGAUAAAUUUCGCACACUCACAAGUUGAUGUUUUGAAAUUUUCACUUCUAUAUUUCUAAGCUUCUCCAAGUUUCUAAAUUUCAAACUUUUGUGAAAAUUCACACGACUAUAAAUCCAAACUCGAUAUCCAAAAUUGUAAUACCAGCUCCGUCGUCUUUUAAAUUUUCCAUAUCGCGAGCGUAACUUUCGAUCUGUGAAAUCCUUGUUCGUCCCAAAUUUCGGCGAUCUCGGUCGUGGAAAGUCCCGUGGGCCCACGCCGGGACACGCUCUUUUUCCCGAUUCGGGAAAAUCCUGUAGUCAUUAGUCGGACGACGGUCGAUCCGGCGAUUACCGGGUCGUGGCCGGUUUCGCUGCACAACGAGCGAAGUCAGCCGUGAAACGAGCGGCGACGGAUAGCCCCGAUGGGAACACGAUGGUGGAACGAGGCCGGAACGGCAGGAAUUCGUUUACCGAUAAAUCCGUUCGUCGUUGCCAGAACUGGAUGACGGCCGAAUGGCUAACAAAUCGCAGCAUUCUCGGUAUUCGGCACACACUUUUACGCCACUCGACUCGAUUUCCGUGCCGUGACUCGCGUAUCCUCCUAGCGGAUCGAACGCUCCAACUGGCCCGCAACAACGAGGAUUAAAGAAAAAAAAAGACGCGAAAAAACCGAAUGGAAGAAGAACAUAGGAUACGAGAGGAACGAUUCGUUUCAUUCACAAGAAGAUGCUACUAGACUCAAGUGACCACGAUGAAACGCCCCGUGCUAUUCGAUAAUCCAAUGAAAUAAAAAUAAAAAGAGAAAAAAUCGAAAAAAAAGAAAGGUAACGGAGAAGGAAAGAUGACGGUAACGGGGAAAAGGGAGAAAGGUAGUAAAGGGAUAGAGAGGGAGGAAAUAUGCCACGUAACUGCCCAACGCUCCUAUAGCCUAGUUACUUAAGUAAGACCGCGUGUACGACGAACGAGAGACACUGACAGAUCCGUUAUAUUUCGUAUUCGCUAAUCGAGUGUGUAAGGGACAGAGGGUGAGAAGGUGGUGAGAGGAAAGUAGGGCAGCGCGAUGGUCUCGCGGUGAACGGUGGCGCGCGUCGACCUACCCUCGGUGCUGGAGGCGAAAAAAAAAAGGAAAAAGAAAGAAAUAGAGAGAAUAUGAAACGGAGGAAAACGAGGAAAAUAAGGACAAACGGGGAUGGCCGUUGGAAGUUGGAGGUAACGAUGAAUGGUGAAACGAUGGAGGCAUAAAGGAAGGAACAAUGAGGAUGCAUCGGCGUGUAUGGCGGCGAACGGACGUUCAACCGAGAUGAAUCGCGACGCGGAACUUUUAGAUCGGCACACGACUCUCCCCGAGUAACGUCGUGGCUCGCUAUAGAGUAGAACUCGAGAGUUUUCAUAUUCCCGGAUCGCUCGCUCGCUCACUCAUUUUCGCACUCGACUACCUAAUGAAUAUAAUGGCUAAACGUACGAUCGAUUUCGCGCAGGUAUAAGGUGAUAUACACACGUAAAAUACAUAGUAUAUAUAUAUAUAUAUAUUUAACGUUAUCUUGUAUAUAUAUAUUUAUUUACAUACGUAUAUGAUAUAUGGUACAUGAUUAUAUGAUAUUACGCGCAUAGCUUUUCGACUGAUUAUCGUAACGAUAAAACACACUUUGAAGGGACGAGAAGUAGAUACACACACACGUAUACACACGUAUGCACAUAUAUGCACGCGAAAAGAGGCAGAACACAUACGAGACAAGAGAAACACACCACCCUUGUCCGCGUUUCGAGUGGAACGCAAACAAGUACACGUUUCAUCCCCUUAAGGUCGGUCCUCCGUGUGUCGGUUGUGUCGCACGAAAUCUCUUUUUUCUCUUUUUUUUUUUUUUUCGUUCGUCGUCGCGAGGGUGUUCCAUGAGAUCGAGAUCCUUGCUUGUUGCUGUUGAUUCACGAUUAAUCGGCAGAUAAACGUAUGCCAGGAAGCUGUUUGCAAAGUACGUGGAACUUCGUUCGCAUCUACGUAUGUCGGGGUAUUGAUUUUUCAGUCGGUAGUCGAGUAUUUUAAGACGCGAAGAAAAGAGUAGAAACUUAGCGUGUAAACUCACGAAAAAGGGAGGUCGUUUUCGUUCUUGUCUCUACGGAAAUCUUAGUAUUUUCGUCCGGAUAUGAAUAAUGGCGGGAAGCUUCGAA